CAACUUCUUCUUAUCUUUUCUUCUUCUUGUUCUUCUUCUUCUUGAUCAGCUUUAGCUCACUUCAUUUACAUCAAUUAUAAACUUCAUUUCUUUUAUUUUAAUUUUCUUAAGUAAAUCCCACGUCCUAGAUCUCUCCCAAUUUUAUGGAAUUCGAUGAGAACGACGACGAAAUGGGGAUUCCCGAUUAUGGUUCAGCGGUUGGGAAUGCCGCCUCCGCCGCCGGAGAAAGAGGAAUCUCCGGCGAAGACAGAGGAGGAGGAGGAGGAGGAUAUAGAUAUCGUGAAUGUCUAAAGAACCAUGCAGUCAACAUUGGCGGAAAUGCAGUUGACGGUUGCUGCGAAUUCAUGGCUGCUGGAGAUGAAGGCACUAUUGACGCAUUACUCUGCGCCGCUUGUAAUUGCCAUCGUAAUUUCCAUCGGAAAGAAGUUGAAGGAGGCGGCGGAGGAGGAGGAUUUCGAUAUGGGCCGCAGUCGCACCACCGUUACAGUGGUGGUGCGGCGGUGCCGGCGUACCCUAAGCAGUCACGGCUACUGACCCUGCAUUCAUCGUUUUCUAGGGAAGACGAUGAGGCGACGAACCCUAGCAGCAUCGGCGGCGGUGGCGGCGGCGGUGUGGGUUCAAAGAAGCGGUUUAGGACGAAAUUUAGUGAAGAACAGAAGGAGAAAAUGCUUGCGUUUUCGGAGAGCGUUGGGUGGAGAAUUCAGAAACAGGAUGAAGCGGCUAUUGAAGAGUUUUGCGGUGAGGCUGGCGUUAAUCGCCAGGUGUUGAAGAUUUGGAUGCAUAAUAACAAACAAAAUCUUGGUAAGAAACCUUGAACGAACCGUAUUAGAGCCGGGUUUUUUUUUGUUUUCCUUACUAAUUGGAGGGUUAUCUUGGAUUAUUGGUAACUAAGAAAAGGCAGUUUUAUGAUGUAAACCGGGUUUUUUCUUCUUUUUUUUUGUUAAUGAUUAAUCAUUUAGGAUUG